UUAACGGAUCUGAAAAAGAUGACAAAGGGACAGUAUAAUUUUUUUCAGUUGUAGUUUGUAGAAAAAUGAAGAAACUAGUGGCACAAGUCGGCACGAAUUUAUCACCAAAAAUAAACAAUUGCAAGCUGGGAACACCAGACGGAUUUCACCAAAGUAAGAUAAUGUUGACAUUAUGUGGUUUACCCGCUAUAACAAGUUAAAUGCCUUUCUUUAUAUAUAUCACAAACCACAGCUUGCCAAAAGCGACAGCUUUGAGAUCAUUAUAUUUUCUUUGGCACCAAUACCCAAAAACUGUCACGCCAAUCUUAUUGUUUACAGAAAUUUAACACCUAAUGGGAAAGCAUCCUCGUACGACGAAAUUCAAUCAAGUUGAGCUGGAGAAAUUCGGAGUGAAUUCUUUAAAAUUUGAAUCAAGAAUCCAAAGAAAAAAUAACAAGAAAUUAAUUUUAGUUGUUGAAGCAUACUUGAGCGAAAUUUCCUGGAAUAUCCUUUUAUUUUGAAAAUAUUGCCGUCUUGGUUUUUGCCUAUUUAGGUUAAGACUGGACUAAAGAAGAACAAAGAAAUUAAUGCCACUGUAUAAUACUACAAGGUUUUGAACAUGAUAAAAGUGUUCUGGGAGUUAUAAAGAAAACAACGACAAUAUGUUAAACGAGAUGUCUAGUGAUAAAACAUUGAUGAAGAAAACAAGGAAACCACAGGUCAAUACAAUUCAAACAGCUGACACCAGCGCGUCGUAUGCAUGUUAAUUACAGCCAACAACUACUCUGUUGCUACGGACGACUCGACAACAGAACCACGGUACACAGUAUCAGCGGUAGUUUACAAAAACAUUGAGCAUGCGUCGAUGAAUUACCCUGUUCUGUCUGCCGUCUGUGGUGUCUUUCUACUUUACGCGUUGGGCUUGCUGUGGAUCAAGAGAAUCAGAUCAAAAGAACAAGUGCAUAUCGGAGCCACUAUAAUCCCACACAGGUCAUUCUAUCGCCAUCCACACCAUUACUUCCUGUUGUUCUACACCGGAAGUGGACGCCAUGCUGGCACCACCGCCAACGUGUACUGCGUCAUUCAUGGCAAACAAAAGAAAACUAARCCCAUAGUGCUUCGCGAUCCCGARCGACUGCUUUUCCAGUCAGGAACCACGACCUCAUUUUUAUUGACCCUGAACAAAUCCCUWGAUCAAAUAACCAAGCUUCACUUAUGGCACGACAUCAGUGGACCCAAACCUUCGUGGUUUCUUGAAAAAGUUGUAGUCUGUCACUUAAAUACUGGUCUGCUGUGGCAUUUCGAGGCUCACCGCUGGCUUGAUGUAUCCGAGGAUGACGGCUCAGUCGAGUGUGUUUUACACGCGGUCCCGAGGUGUAAGUUCUUGCGAAGAAAAACCCUCUUUGACCAAAUGUUUUCAAAAGGCUUUACGAAUAAUCAUAUUUGGCUGUCCCCUUUUUUGCUCAAAAGUAGAACAAUGUUCUCUCGAGUUGAGAGGUUCACUUCYUGUUUAGCUGUUACCAUGGUAACAGUACUGGUUGUUACAGUCGCAGUAGAUUCAAAAAAAGAUGGUGAUGUUUUCCCCAGCACGAAGAUCAUUCUUGGUCCAAUGGCUUUUAAACUGAGUGACAUUAUUUGGGGAGCUAUCUGCAGUGUUAUUCCAUUCUUCUUGCGUCUUCUUCUCGAGCUUCUCUUCACUUACUCAGAGAGUAAAUUCGGGCAGCUCCCGCCGGACGAGAGAGAUGUAAAAGCACACAUUGAUUGGUGCCUGGAUAAAGCUAACGAGAUAACAUUUCUUGAUGGGCAAUCCAACACGUUCGACGGUGAAAAGGAAAACAAUGACGAACUAGAAAACGCAAAGGAAGAAAAUGAAGCACAAAUAAAAGAAAAUGAAAGUGAAUUGAGUCAUAGGAUGAGARAAGRUAGUCUACAAAGUGAAAGUGAGUGGGAKUACUUGGCGGAGUCAUGGUCUGAAGUYUCCUUACGCAAUAUUGGUKUAGAUUUAACCGAUCACGACUGYGGUUCCGAAAAUCAAAAUGAAAAYGAGAGAGYGGAAACAGAUUUGCACGSUGUUACGAAUCCUGAUUCUACUCUCGAUGGAAAUUCUGACACAACGAUAAACAAAGGCACUGWGAUCGAGAAUCAAGGUGAAGUCAAAGAAAAUAUUUYYCCCUCGAUGCCAAACGAAGAUGGCAGCCCAAUCAUUCAACAAGCUGAAAAUGAAWUAUCAACAACACWRRAUACAGAAUAYGAGAAUCKAGAUGACAUCCACUUGAUAAAAGAGARAGAUUUUMUUGCRAUACCCAGUGACACAUGCCAAACUACUGCUGAAUCAAAUGCUCARUCACCAGAAAAUGUACRACAAAAGAACAGUCWCGAAMMUAYGACAGRGAAUGGAGAAUGUGUGAAGGAWGUUUUKGGGGAMAGUGAAUGCUCGUUUGAAGAUGGAAGGAUGUCAACUUCGAGUAAAAAGAUGGAAAAYGACGRAAAUGAUGGCRGAAUWACCGAUCAAGUGAACUUUGCUUAUACCAACUCCUUGAGAAACACUGAUAAAGUUCCCAAACUCUGGAAAAUGAUUCCCUUGCCUGGYUUUCUUAUCGACCCAAACAGCAUCAAAAUAAGAAACGAGGAAAACACGCUUAAACUUUCUAUCARGUUUUUUUACCUGGCUUUGUUUGUUUGUUUAGCGYUGUCRYUAGCAUCUUCURUCGUCACUAUYAAAUCCGGCCUUUCCWGGUCCAGUCAGACCACGGUAUCCUGGUUAAUGACGGUAAUAUUCGCACUCGUCUUUCAAAUAUCAAUAGCAGARAGUUUCUACGUGUUUUUCCAGGCGAUAUACUUCGGUGUYUACCUUCAAAGACCRWUCGAGGAGAAUGACGUCAUCAAYGAGCAAAAAAACAAGGUUUGGGCUAAGGAGGAAGAUGACGUCAGAUACUACGUGGAUGAUUUGGAUGACRUARGYUCUUCGGUUCCMAUGCCACCUAGUGCUCAGGAGGUUAAAAAAGCGCGGAAAAAAGCAGGGCAAGAUCGCCAGCUUGAGGAAGUCYUGAUGAUGGUSGCGUUUGAYGUCAUAUUUUUGUUGCAACUCGUUAUUAUAUCAUUUGGGAAUAGAGAUGCCUAUUCUUAUCCAAGUAGGAUUGUAGUGGAAACCAACUACAAUAUCUCCAACUAUACCAACAUCCAGAAUGCCAACCACUUUUGGGGCUGGAUCAAGACCCACCUAGUAACAGGCUUGUAUUACGAAGGAAAUUUCAAGCAAGCAGGCUCCCGCCAAACAAGGGAUGGAUAUGGAACUUUAUUGGGUGUCCCAAUCCUAAGACAACAGCGAAUAACACCAAACGGUACAUGUAAAUUAAACGAAUACAGCAUUCCCUUCCUUCCGCAAUGCAACAUUCCAGUACCAAGUGUUGAACACUACGAUGAAAAAGACUACAGCCCCGGGUGGAAGUAUAAAGCUGCCCGUGACUUCAUCACCCAGUCACCAUGGAUACACAAGAAAGGCAGCCAAUCAAACACAGACUACACAAUGUACGCGAGGAUUAACUCCUACGAAGCGGGCGGUUACAUAGCGUCGCUAGGUUACAACAAAUCCUCGGCUUUGAAAAUGCUGAAUGAGUUGGAACAAUUGAAUUGGAUAGAUCAUUUCACUCGGGUGGUUUUUAUAGAGUUCGCUUCCUAUAACGGGAAUAUCAAUAUUUUAUCCGACGUAGCAUUUGCGGUUGAGUUCACGGCCUUUGGGGGCGCCUUUCCGAGAUUUGACCACUUUUCGUUCCGUCUCUAUCGGUACUUCACCCCCUUACAACUAAUAUACCUCGUCUGUGAGGUCAUUUUCAUCGUAUUUAUCGUCCAACUUAUAUACAAAGUCUCCUGUGAAAUCUACGAAUACAAACUCGCUUACUUUGCCUCAUUUUGGAACAUGACGGACGUGGUUCUUGUCGUCGCUUCGCUCGUUACUAUAGGCCUCUACGGCGCACGCGCAAUACAACUUCAGAACGGUAUCAAGGCCAUCCAAGAAAAUCCUGCACUUUUCUAUGGGUUCUACCCCAUCGCUCUCUACGACAACCUCGUUGCUUUCAUUUCUUGUAUAGUCGUUAUAGUACCAACUCUCCAGUUCCUCAAGUUUAUGAAAUUUAACAAAAAUUUUAUGAUCUUCGAUUUGACCCUGAGAAUUCUGAUUCCUGACCUUAAGGGUUUUGUUUUGAUUUUCAUGAUCAGCUUACUCGGGUUCUCCUUCUGGGCCUUCCACAUGCUGGGAACUGAACAGGAACCGUACAGCACCUUUAUAGGAGCCUUCAACAGUAUUCUCUCUAUGUUAUUAGGGAAGUUCAGCUUCAGGGUGUUUGCGCCUGGCGAGUCCCAAGAWUUUGGGCCACUUUUCACCUACGCUUUUACCUUGGUCAAUGUAUUUGUUAUCAUGACUAUAAUCUUGUGUAUAAUAACCAUCGCGUUCACCAAAGCCAGGCAGGAUAAAUCGAUCAAGAAUAAGUACGAAAUAGUGAAGUUUAUAGUGUAUAGAGUCAAGGAUAUUCUUGGGUUAAAUCCUCCGUAUAUCCCUCCGAAACCAGUCAUCAAACCUACUCCUGUUGACUUUAGCCAAUUGCAGCUUGAACUCAAUACCCAAUACAUCAUGGAAAGUCAAAUAUCUAGGAUUCAGAGGUUCGCUAACGUGGUGUACAGCGAGGAGACCAUCGAUGACGUUGAGAUUGUUGAAAGAAUUUUGGGGUUGGACAAUGGCGCAGAAUACUUGAAAACCAUAAUACGGAAGAGAAAAGAAGAGCAACAAGUGUUGAUGGAAGGACAUCACYCAAYAAYCGUCCYACACGAAGACCAGGGAAKUGAAGAACCAAAAGAAACAGCCAAUCACGGCCAAGACAGGCGCCUUUCUACCCUUAGUACUGAAAACGAGUGUUCACAGGAUUUUAUAGCCUGAUUAUCGUAUCUUUGCGAGGUGUCAGGAGUCCCUUUUUAUUCUGUAUUCGUACUACUCUAACUACUUAUUUAAUAUGUUAUCAACUUAGUACAGUAGAACCUCAACUAGCCUCGUCCCAAGGCUACUCCUUCAGCUCUCCCAAAUCCAAAAUAGCUGACGCUUUAGAGCAGUAGCCUGGGACGAGGCUAAACCUUACCUAUUAAGCGGCCAGUGCAAAAUCCCAAAUUGGGGUUUUACAGUAAUUUAUACCUCAAUAGCGCAGCGAACAGAUUCUAAAAAUACCUUCAAGACUUAGACAAAUAAUAAUUUAUAAUUUAAUAAUUUAUAAUAAUUUAAUACUUAUAUUGCGCGUGUUACAUGGGAAGGUGGUCACUACACGCGCAUCACAAACUGAAAUAGAAAUAUAAAAAUAUAAAUCAUGAUCUAAACAUACCAUGUAGACCCGUUGCAUCAGCCCCAAAGCAGCGCAACCAGGGCCGGGUUGUUCAAAGCUGGAUAAGCGCUAAUCCAGGAUUAACUCUAUAGGUCUUAUUAAGAGUUAACCCAGGAUUAGCACUAAUCGGGCUUUGAACAACUGGGCCCAGGAGGGCAAGCAACGAACAUUGCAUGCCAUUUAACCGUGUCGAGUGUUAUACGAAAAGUUAGAAUACUAACCGAAUUAAAUCUUCUAUGAAAAUUA